ACCACCACACUACUCUUCUUUCUCCCUCAAUUCCUCCACUCUAGUUUCGUUCUAAGUAUGCCCUGUGGUUGCGGCUAAGUCUGAUCUUCGACAUCAUAAAGAAUUCCUAGUGUUAUAUCCUAAAGCCCUCCCCUCUUUUCCGUCGAACCACUGUCUGGCUUCCGCCAAAAAAUGGACGAAGAGGCUCUUCGGGUACGUUCUUGGUAAUCCUUUUGUGAUUUAUUUUUUUGUAAUCGAAACAAUCUGAUUUCUUUCAAAUUAUUUUAUAGUUGGUGCUGAGAUAUAUGAUCCUCGAUCGUAUAUCCAUUAUGGGGCCAAGAGAUACGAAGUAUUUAUCAGAGCAAGAAACACAACGCUCGCGUGCAAUUUGGCACAACAAUCCGGUAAACACUACGUACCUUAUAAUUUUUUAAUUAUUUCAUUAUUUUAAAAGAUUUUAUUUUGCUUUCCUUUGACUAACAACUUGGUGUUUUUUGUAUUUUUUAUGUAGGAAUAACUUUUUUUGUCAUUCAUUAAGGGACCACAAACUUGCACGCUUGGCAUGAUCGACUCUCGACGUAUCUAGAGAGGACGAGGUUGGGUAUGGUGAGGCAUUUCAUGCGGAUUGAGAUCGACAACGAUCUGCUGACGACAAUGGCAGAGCGAUGGCGCCCCGAAACCCAUACGUUCUACUUUCCGGAGCAGGAAAUGACGAUCACCCUCAAAGACGUUGCCAUCCUCACCAGGCUGCCGAUCACGGGAGAUGCCAUCAUCGGUCACUCGAUCAAACCCGAAGCUGGCUGGGGGCUGCUGAUUUUUGAAUGUUUGGGCUUCGACAUGCCGACCACCACUCCAGUCCAAGAACGGGGGCAUCCACCAUUGAAUGCAGGACAAGUAUCGAUCCCAUGGCUCGUUGCUCACAUCCAAGAUAAGGUUGAAAUCGGGCCAAAAACUCCAGAAGAUCAAGUGGAGCUGUAUGCACGCAUCUACCUCAUUGGCUUGGUUGGUGGAUUUAUGUUCCCCGACAAGGCAAACAGGUGGAUUCAAGGACGGUGGUUGCCAUUGCUACUCGAUGACUGGGACGCGAUCAAGACAAAGAGCUGAGGGGUCGACCGUGUUAGCUGGGGUAUAUAGGGAGCUGUGUACUUGCUUGAAGGUGGGAGCGAAACAAGCUGGUGGUGCGAUAUUCAUCCUCUAGCUCUAGGCAUGGGAGCAUCUUCCAAUGUUCGCAUCUCAAGACCUGCGUCCAUUCUGGAGACAAAAUGAGGAGCUACGAAAUGUGCCAACUGCCCCCUAUGGUGUCAAGUAAAUUUAAUUUAGAUUU